AUGGAAGGAGCAUUUGAACUGGAGCUGGGGAAUGCUCAAUUCGAAAAAAUCAUCCUCAUCGUCGUGGACGCUUUGAGGUCGGAUUUCAUGUUCUCUAACUCUUCAUCGAUGACUUUCCUUCAAGAACUUAUAGAGACGGGAAGUGCGUUGCCUUUUACGGCUUAUUCCAACCCACCAACGGUAACUUUACCUCGUCUCAAAGGAAUCACGACAGGCCAAAUUCCCAGUUUUGUGGAUGCUAUUCUCAAUGUUGCAGACGAUAAAGAUAAUUCCCAGGGGCUUAGCAACACGGAUUCGUGGGUAGGCCAAUUUCUCAGGCAAUCUAAGGACCGGAAAAUUAACUUUUUUGGAGAUGACACUUGGCUCAAGCUAUUCCCUCCAAAUGAAUUUUUUAAUCAAAGCGAGGGAACAAGCCUGUUCUUUGUGAAUGACUUCACAGAAGUUGACAGAAAUGUGUCCCGACAUUUGGAGCGUCAGUUAAAGGAAGACUUUGAUGGUCUAAUCUUGCACUACUUGGGCGUUGACCACAUUGGGCAUACAGGGGGACCGAAUUCGUUGCAUAUGCCCAUAAAGCUAAAAGAAAUGGACGAUGUAUUGAAAAUGAUGUAUGAAUCUACUUUAGAUGAUGAUGAUUCCACUCUUGUUGUGAUAAUGGGAGAUCAUGGAAUGAAUGAAGUGGACCCUCCUGAACUCGCAAGGCUUGUUAUGGACUCUAGUGAUUAUUGCAUGUAUAAGUGUGCCAAUUCGCAGUGGAAGGCGAUCGAUGACAACCAUUUGGACCAAAAUGUCGUUAGCAUUAGAAGUGACCAUGGCAACUUGCACACUAGCAUUAAAAGUGUUGCAAAGCCGCAUAGAUGGCAAGCUGCUUCCUUUCUUGUUAGAGUGCAUCAUUCCGCACAAGAUGGAUGA